AGCAGGCGCUGAGUUCGGGCUCAUACUCGGAGAGGGGCUGAGCUGCACAGACCCCAGCGCGGUGCGCGCCGUGUUUCCUCCCCGCUUUGUAGACAAGCCUCGCCGCUCUAAAAAAGUCAGACUGUCCGCGUUCAGCCGAAAACUUUGAGUUUUGGAUUAUUGUGUUGUAGUUUUCUCUAAACUUUGGACUACUGGUUACGCUUUCUUCUCGGCCGUUUUCCAGGUAUGCCUGUGGCCCUCAGUGAGUCUCUGGACACGUAACCAGAGGAUUUUCUGCUGUCAUGGCUUCGCCGGUGGCUCAGCUGUUUCCUGUCUCAGUAAUCACACUUCUGGCUGUGCUGGUGUCAUCAGAGGAGCAUGAGUGGCACUUUAACCCAGCUCAGUGUCGAUACGCCCUGGGGAUGGAGGAUGGCACCAUCCCAGACUCUGACAUCACCGCCUCCAGCGCCUGGUCAGACUCCACCGAGGCCAAACAUGGAAGGUUGAGCACCGGAGAAGGAGACGGAGCGUGGUGUCCAGCUGGACCAGUCUUCCCCAGUGGAUCGGAAUACCUUCAGGUUGACCUUCAUAAACUCCAUUUCCUGGCUCUGGUUGGCACCCAGGGUCGCCAUGCCGACGGCCUGGGUCAGGAGUUCGCCCGUAGUUAUCGGCUACGCUACUCCAGAGACGGACAAAAAUGGAUCACCUGGAAAGACCGCUGGGGACAAGAGGUGGUGUCAGGUAAUGAGAACACCUAUGAUGUUGUGCUGAAAGACCUCGGUCCCCCCAUCGUGGCCCGCAUGGUCCGCUUCUACCCCCUGGCUGACCGGGUGAUGAGUGUUUGCCUUCGGGUGGAGCUCUACGGUUGUGUGUGGAAUGAUGGGCUGAAGGCGUACACGGCUCCAGCGGGUCACGUCAUGAGCCUGCCUGGCAUGCACGUCUAUCUGAACGACUCCACUUACGACGGGAGUGUGGAACAAGGGAUGAACUUCGGAGGUCUGGGCCAGCUUUGCGAUGGCGUCCUGGGAGGAGACGACUUCACAGAAACAAAGGAGCUGAGGGUGUGGCCGGGUUAUGAUUACGUUGGCUGGAGUCGGGAAGCCCUCGGGCAAGGCAGCGUGGAUAUAGAGUUCCAUUUUGAGAAACCGAGACUCUUCAACAACAUGCAGGUGCACAGCAACAACCGCCACACGCAAGGUGUUCGAGUUUUCGGCAAGGUGGAGUGUCUGUUUAAGCCCGGCCUCCUCCAGCCCUGGUCCUCUCCUGGCCUCACCCUGCCCGUUCCCCUGGAGGAUCUAAAGGACCCGUCUUCACGACCCAUCUCCCUCCCACUGGAAGGUCGGCUGGCUCAGAUCCUCCGCUGCAAAUUCUACUUUGCAGAUCGCUGGCUGCUCAUCAGUGAGAUAUCCUUCCUCUCUGAGGACGCCAGAGACGCAGAUUCAGUUCCUCAUAAUCAUACGAAGCUUCCAGACUCCGAUCCCUUUUCUUCUAUAAACGUCACCUCCUCUGUUUCCACACCGAGCCACAGCUCCUUCAGCACCACCUCCAGGCCUUCUGAUCCCUUUCCCGCCACCAUCACGAUGGACACCACUGGUAACUGGACUCUGUCAGGAAGAAAAUUCGCUGCCAUCACUCCGAGGGCGGGAUUUCCUGUAGCCAAAGAUGACAGCAGCAACACGGCUAUUCUGAUUGGCUGCCUGGUCGGCAUCAUCCUGUUGCUCCUGGCUGUGAUCGCGGUUAUUCUUUGGAGGCAGUACUGGAAAAAGAUUCUUGGCAAGGCUCAAGGAAGCCUGUCCAGUGACGAGCUCAGAGUCCACCUGUCAGUCCCGUCAGACAACGUGGUCAUCAACAACACGCAUAGCUACUCCAGCCGCUACCAGCGCAUACACACGUUCCCUGACGACCGCGAGCCGGACAGGGAUGCGGAGGGAGAGUAUCAGGAGCCCAGCGCUCUGCUCAGGCCAAGGGAUCAAAGGGACAGCACAGCCUUGCUGUUAAACGUCCCAGCCUAUCACCUCCUCCUACCAGAUCACAGAAAAGGAUGCAGAGCCCUAGUGGUCCCGAGCUCCACACAGGCUCAAGAAAAGAGGCUGAAUGUGCCCCAGGCGUGUGGGUUGGACUUGGACAUGGAGAAAGGUUUCGCCUCCGCACAAGAAGAGCCGCCUCCCUAUCCUGGGUCUCCUCCUUACCCGUCUUUGUCUCCACCUGUCUCUCCCCCUCUUCCUCCAAGUGUCCCCCACUAUGCAGAGGCAGACAUAGUGAGUCUGCAGGGUGUGAGCGGGAACAACACCUACGCCGUACCUGCCCUGGCCUCCUCCAGUCCGGGGGCCGACGCCACCCCUCUACCCGAGCUGCAGCGCCAGUGCCUCGUCUUCAAGGAGAAGCUGGGAGAGGGACAGUUUGGGGAGGUGCACCUGUGUGAAAUCGAAAACCCCCAGGACCUUCCAAACUUGGAGUUCCCCUUUAAUGUGAGGAAAGGUCGCCCUCUGCUGGUGGCUGUGAAGAUACUGCGCCCAGACGCAUCUAAGAAUGCCAGGAAUGACUUCCUGAAAGAGGUGAAGAUCCUGUCUCGUUUGAAGGACCCAAACAUCAUCCGGCUGCUGGGCGUGUGUGUGAGCAGCGAUCCCCUCUGCAUGGUCACUGAGUACAUGGAGUGUGGAGACUUGAACCAGUAUCUGUCCCAGCGAGUUCUACUGGACAAAACUGGGCCUUUACACAACACGCCCACCAUCAGUUACCCAGCCCUCAUCUCCAUGGCCAGCCAGAUUGCAUCGGGAAUGAAGUUCCUGUCGUCCCUCAACUUUGUGCACAGAGAUCUGGCCACUCGUAACUGUCUAGUCGGGGGUGAGAAGGGUGAGAGCGGAGAUGAUCAAGGCAGCGAGCGUCACAUCAAGAUAGCAGACUUUGGCAUGAGCAGAAACCUGUAUGCUGGAGACUACUACAGGAUUCAGGGCAGAGCCGUGCUGCCGAUACGAUGGAUGGCCUGGGAGUGCAUACUCAUGGGUAAGUUCACCACUGCCAGUGACGUGUGGGCCUUUGGGGUCACUCUGUGGGAGAUGCUGAGCGUUUGUCAGGAGCAGCCAUACUCCAACCUCACAGAUGAACAAGUCAUCGACAACGCUGGCGAGUUUUUCAGAGACCAGGGCAGACAGGUAUAUCUGAGCCGACCAGCUGUGUGUCCUCAGGGUCUCUAUGAACUCAUGUUGAGCUGCUGGAACAGAGAUUGCAAGCUCCGCCCAUCGUUCGCCUACAUCCACUCCUUUCUCACGGAGGACGCCAUGAACAUGGUUUAAAGUUUAAAAGCAAGGAAGGAUGGGGUGAAGACUUGUUUGCUCACUCAUCUGCGAGAUGAUGGGUGUGGGUGUGUUCACAGGAGGAGCAGGAUGCUGGAUUUUGUAUUUUGUACUUUUCAGGUGGAUGGGGGGGGCUGAGACACCGCUGGUUCGGUUUUAAUUCCACCUCAGACCCCAAAGACUUUCGAAAGGUGACCGUCUGAGCUACAUCUCGUAGCUGGUGGUGGGUUUUCUCUUGUUCUGUAGCCAUAAUCAUGCAUCAAAAACUAGAAUAUGAACGGAUUUAACCUUUAUUUUAGCAUCUUAAACGUUGCAUGCAGGAGAACAGGUGCAUCAAAGAUCCCCUGCUGCACAUGACUCACAAACUUUAAACUGAACACCUGUUGCUCUGAGGUGAAACGGCACACACAGGGAUUAUCUGGUAUUUAUAGCCCCAAGCAUGGUCUGUAAUUCAGUGAGAUUACUCCCAUCUCCGCCCCCUCCUCUUACCCUGUCGGGUUGGUUCAUCUCAUCCCCGUACUCCUGAGAACUGCAACCUCCAUCUUUAUCAGGAAAAAGUUCCAGAACCAUCUUUGAGAGACAGAGCCCGUGCAUGUGGUACCAGAUGGACUCCAUGGAGAAGACACAAGUCUGCAGCUUCUGCUGAUGAUCAGAUGUGACUACGUUCCCCAGCAGAGUGAAAAUGCAGAUGGUGAAAGGCACACGGGACUCCUUUAAAUAUUUAAAUGAACUUUUUCAAAUCUAUUAUUUUUAUUUCCUGUAUCUGGCUGUGACUCGGUCAGAGGGGAUGCAUUUAAAAUUCCACAACCAGCUGCACUUUACCCCACAUGCAUUUCCCGGCCUGUGACCCAACUUCUCCCUCCUGGUCGUGAAUGAUUCCUGAUUGUGAUGCAAGAAUUUUUACUUUUCUUUUUCAUUCGUUUUUUUUUUUUUCACAGAGAAAAUUCACAAAUCUCAGCCAAAACCUGCAAACCCAUAAUGCAGCAGCGCCGAACCGUUAGAUGUAAAAUAUUGUUUAAAACAAACUGGAAUGGCAUUCUGACUUCGUUUAUAAUGUGUGUAAAGGAGAUGUUACUCCGUAAUCCAUUCUUCCAAAUACUUUACUGUAGUUUUCUUUGGCAUUAUUCAGAUUGGGAAUUCUGGGAUUCCUGGUUUAGUGCGAGAGUUGAUCUCUGAGACGUUUUGGAGUCUGUGCUUCUGGCUUCCCGUCUGUAGAGCACAGGAAACCAGACCUGGCAUUGUGGGCUAUGCAUGCAUAGUGACUCAUUCUGAUACACUGUGGUUCAAGUUCAGAGUAAAAGGUGUAUGUGUCGUCACAUUAAAAUAAAAACAACCUCUGCUCCUGGUAUGGUGUUAAAAUGAGGUAAAUCGUCGUAAAACAGUUGAACAGUCAAAGGCAGAAGUCGAGGAGUAAACCAGCUGAUGAUCAUGUAGCCUAUGGAAACACAUUCAUCAUAUGUUGAGGAAUUUCUUCUUCAGCGAAGGGUAUUACCCACAAGCCAUUGCUGUGGGGAAAAAGGCUCAAGGGUCUUUUAUGGAAAUAUGUAUCUUCAAAUGACAGUAGUUCGUUUUAGGAUGAUUAAUUGAUGCUCUGAAUGUUUUAGACGAAGCAGAAAUUAAUGUAAACGCAUUUCAAAUAGUUGGUUGUUCGUUAAAAAGUUUUUAAUAAAGGUUUUUUAAAAAGUAGCACCGAGACCAGCAUCCCCGGCAUGCGUUGCGAUCGAUGACCCAAUGCUCCCCGUCUCAAUUCGGCAGUCAUUUGCACACUUGAGCACCUCGCACUCGAAGCCUUACUGCACACUUUCUCCAAGUGCACUUCACAAAAGGCCAUAGGGCGCAGUGCAAGGAUUGGGAUUGAGCCUAAAUCCUACUGCGUUUUGUUCAUCUCUCCCCAGGCUAACUGCUACUUCCUGAAACAAGAGCGCCAGAGCUUUUAUUCCAGAAAUCUACUCACGAGUCAUUCUAGUCAUACUAGAGACCACUGGAAAGGUGCUGGAAAAAAAAAAGUGAACUUGGCCUUUAAACAUCUCUACUUUGACCUCUCCCUCCGAAGGUUGUGUAUGGAAGCCCAUUCCCGCCACUCGGAUAAAAAAAAUACUGUAUCUCAUAAUGAAAUAUUAUCUCAUAAUAAUGAGAUACUAUCUCAUAAUAAUGAGAUAGCUAAGUCAUAAUUAUGAGAUAAUACUUUAUUUUUUAUCUGAGUGGCAGGAAUGGGCUUCCAUAGUUGUGUGUUUCAUGAGUCUUGUGGUUUGCUCGGAUGUGACUUUGCAGAACUAAAGCAUGUUAUCCUUUUCAAAGAGAAGUGGUUUUCUUAUGAAAACUUAAAAAAAACGUUUUUUUAUCGUAUUCCUAAGAGCUUUUUAAUUUGCUGACAUUUAACUGAAAACUGGAGAUCUGAAGCUUUUUAGUAAUUUCUCUGAACAAAACCUGUCCUGACCUUACAGAAGCCUGCUGGUUAAAUUACAUAAGUUUACUUCCUGUGGGGCUGUAAGUUGUUUUAAAAUGACGGAUGGACGGGCGAAAGCAAUUACUGUCCAUAAAUACACGUGCAGACCAGCAGCUGGCUUAGAUUUGCAGGUCCUGCCUUCCUUCUGCAUGUCCUAAAACAGGUAAAAGACACGUUUUAUUAGGAUUUACCUCAUUUUAAACUCUGCAUUUACAAGAACACUUUAAAGAGGGUGUGUUUAUUUUACUGUUUUCAUUAGUUUGUACAUAUUUUAUAGACUAAAUUGCAUUUUCCUUUACUAAUAUAUAGAAAUCCUGGGUCACUCUUUGGGUCUUUGUAGAACGCUUGUUACCUUGAAGCUCUUCAUUGUUUAUUUUUAUAGGUGUUUAAAUAAAUUUAACCAUUUUCCAAAAAAA